UCCACCGACGACGGCCGUCAAUGUCGCGCCGUAUGUAACACUAUGUUCGUAUAACGAUCGAUAACAGAAACACGCGUGCAUUACAACACUAAACGGUGCUAAUGUAAAUAAAAAGUCGCGUGCGUCACGUAUAAGGAGCGAUAUCGGGCCGAUAUCGGUGUCGUGAUGUAGCCAUAGUGAUCGUUGACAGUGAUGAAGUUGAUUCCGAUUUGAAUGUUAUUUAGUUUGUAAAUACCGGCAUCAUGGGGAAUGGUAUGAAUAAGGUGCUGCCGGGUCUGUACGUGGGCAACUACCGCGACUCCAAGGACCCGGUCCAGCUGGACAAGUACCGCAUCACACACAUACUGUCCAUACACGACGCCGCCAGGCGGGUUCACGCGGACAAGCACUACCUGUGCAUCAUGGCGUCAGACUCCCCCGACCAGAACCUCACGCAGUACUUCAGCCUGUGCAACGACUUCAUCCACGCCGCGCGCCUGAGGGACGGCAACGUGCUCAUACACUGCCUGGCGGGUAUGUCACGCAGCGUGACGGUGGCGGUGGCGUACAUAAUGAGCGUGACGCCGCUGACGUGGCGCGAGGCGCUCAAGGUAGUGCGAGCCGGCCGCGCCGUCGCCAACCCCAACCUCGGCUUCCAGCGGCAGCUGCAGGACUUCGAGACCUACAAGCUGGUGGAAGAAAGAAGGCGAUUAAAAGAGCGCUAUCCGUCCCUAGCUCUGGCGGACAGCGACAUAGCGGAGUGUAAAGUGAUGCUGGACUCGUACCAAACCAUGUUGAACCAGCGGACGAUCUGUGAGGGGAAGUGCGCCAUGGGUCGACAAUGUCCCACGGGAGUGUGCCGCACGGGUUCGAAGCGGCAGCCCCGGCCGCGGCGGCCGUCGACGGCGUCCAAUGAGCCGGCGGGGCUUAAGCGAUCGCCGUCCACUCUGUCUACUAUGUCUACUACGUCGGGCUACCGGCCGCGCUCCUCACCCGCUGGCCUGUACAGCUAUACUGGUGUCCCGUCUCGGCCGACGCGGUCAGCGUCAGGACUCAGCGUGACACGCGUGUCGGACGGCGGAGUAUCCGCCACUGUAGUGGGCGGUAGCGAGUACUCGCGACGCCGCGCCGCCUCCGCGCCCACUACGCCGGCGAUCUCCCCCGCACCCUCGCCCCCCGGCUCACCUCAUAGAGCACCACAUAGGGGAGGCUGCGCGUGGGUGAUCCCCACAGUGAGUUGGGAGCCGUUGUGACCGCCCCCAUCGCGCCCGUGCAAGGUCCCGGGCCCUACAGCGGUGUUCGUAGCAGGCGAGCCGACGGCAAACCCACUCCGCCCAAUACACGAAGCGUGAUUAAACAUCACCGUAAUAUGUUAUCGUUUAUACCUGCAUGCUUAGCAUGAGCCUAGUAGAAAUGUGGAAGAAUAUACUGACAGAUUUUGGGGAUAAAAUGACAGUUGGGGAUAAAGUGACACGGGGUUAGAAUGCAUUAAGUUAAUCUGUCAUUUCGUCUAUUCUUUCGUUGAAAGUUUACUAUGGUCAUCAUGCUAAGCUUGCGACACAUUCGGUGUUUGUCAACGCGUGCUUUGGUAGCACGUAUUUUAAGAAUCGUGACUUGUUAAGCGGGCUCCACACUCGCGGCGCGGGGCGCGCGAAACUGCAUUACAAAGUGUACGCAGGAGCGCUUUUUGGUUACAAAAGGGAGUUGGAAAAACGCGUGUUAGAAAACGCCUCGUGUUCUUCGCCAAUCUUAUUUGUUGUUAAUUUUUUAUGGGAUUAUAGGGCAGAAGGUACCGUAGGCUUACAUAAUCAUAGCUGGUUUUUGACAAGAGUUAUAAUAUUCUAAACAUUAGGUACCCAUUCUUGCCCUAGCUGUUUCAUAUGAUUAUAAGGCGCCUGUAAAACAACACCGCUCAUUUUGAUAUUAUAGUGGCGUUAUCAAAAAUUUUCGACGCCAUAAACACAGUCUCAAAUUGAAAAAAGGCUUUGGCUGAUUUUGCAAAAUGCAAAAUUAAAAUAUGUAAUUUUGAUAUUAUGUUAAUAACAUAAUUAUUAGUAUCUUGUCACAAAAAUAUGAGUCGUAUUCGUCUCAUUUUUUUAUCGCGCUAAUCUUCUAUUCUUUUUCUUUUAAAAUGAAAUCUUCUACUGCGCAUGUCAAAAUCAUGUCAUAUUAUGGCAAAACCACGAACAAGUUAUUCAUAAUGAUUACACGUCAAGUUGCGUUGCCAUGACAUGACAUGAUUUUGACAUGCGUAAUAAAAGAUUUGCGCAACAAAAAAUGAGGCAAACACGACUGACUUACCUUACAUCGUGUGCAUGAUAUCUUUUGAAUGGGAAAGUUAAAAUGCCAUCUUACGCAAAUUACUUCUUAAACUUUUUGGCACUCCUAUAAUAUAGUAGUUAUAGAAGUAGAAUUAACAUUUUCACUAUGAUAGUGACAUAGUAUGGUGGGGACAAGUUAAUCUAGGUUUUGUAUUGUGACCUGGCUGGUUCAGGUUUAGGCAGAUAUUUUUAUAAUGUGAUGGAGAAAUGGUCGUAACAUUCUAGUACAAUUGAUAUUAUGAAAGUUCUAGUAUACUAUAAUAUGAUAGUAUGAAAAUAUUAUGUCUUCAAUUAUUGCGAACGCGAAGAACACUAGUUUCUCCGAGACAUUUUUAAAAUAAUGGUUAUGUAAAAACCGGAGUCUGAAUAGAGACCUGGAGUCAAUAUAAAUAUCCCUUUGGCAGUUUUGUCAUCAAUUUGAGGGUUCCCACACAUAACUGCGAAUUCGCAUCGCGUCACAAAUUUCUGCGAGAAAACUUAUAAUAAAAAUGACAUUGCGAUGCGAAUUCGCACGAAUUCGCAGUUUUGUGUGGGAUUUCUGUAGUACGUAAAAAAAUGUCAUUUAUUUACGUACUACAGAAAUAAAACCCACAUCUAUUUUGGUCAAGUAACAGUUUAUAUUAAAAGAUGGAAGUGGCAAUCCACUUCCAUAUUUUAAUAUAAACGUACGUUACAUAAACGUACGUUACAUAAACGUACGUUUCAAUAAACGUAGUAGAAGUUUUAAUUAUCAUCAGAAAAAAUGUCAAACGAUUUAUACUUCGGUCGCAAGACUCGCAAGCAAUAUGUAAAUCCUAGCUGGAAAAUUGGAGUUUUGUAGAUGGUACAUAAUAAAGCUUACAAGUAAAGUUGUAAUCUGCUCAAUUCGGAUAUUGUGUUGUAAAUGAAUGCACAAACCAACGAAAAAUGUCCAAAGAGUAGUGAUAUUUAGUUUAAUAUAAAUGCAUGUGCUGUUUAGAGUACUCUCUCUCAGGUACUAUUUAAACAAUGAUGAUAGCUUCAAUUGCUAAUUAAUAAUAUGGACACCGUGACUUUUAUAGUAAUAAUGAACAUCAUGUUAAUAGCAGUCUAUAAAACCGUCUUGUAGGCUCGAUUUAUAUGCGUCCGCGCGAACGAGCGGUUUAGCUAUUACGUCGCGAUAUCACAGGCAAUUGUAUGUAAUGAUUUAUUAAAAUAGCCACGCGGUCACGCCGCUAUUUACAUACAAUUGCUUGUGAUCUCACUGUGUAGUGGCCAAACCGCUCGUUCGCGCGGAAGCAUAUAAAUCGAGCCAUAUGAUUUUAUAGACUGUGCUAAUAGUCCUAAUAAAAAAACAAGAAAGACAACUUUUGAUAUUACAAAAGCGAUAACUAGCUUUUUAGAUUUCUCAGUUUCUGCCCACUCACUUUCUGGCUGUAAGUUGCUUACGAGUUGAGAUAUGAGGCCUUAAAGCGUCUUAAAGUUGGAUAAUAUCGUUGAUCGAUCGCAGCAUCUUGUGAAUGCUUAGAUACCUGACGUUGUAUAUAAGUUAGUGUCAAUUCACAUUGCAACGUGACGCGUGGAU